GCAAUGAUUGGUGGAGGAAAUAUUACUGAGAUCACUCAAUUCAUCCUCCUGGGAUUCUCGGAUUUCCCCAGAAUCACAGCACUGCUCUUCAUCAUAUUCCUGCUCAUCUACAUCACAACUCUGACCUGGAACCUGUGCCUCAUUGUUUUAAUAAGGAUGGAUUCCCAUCUCCACAUCCCCAUGUACUUCUUCCUCAGUAAUCUGUCCUUCAUAGACCUCUGCUAUGUCUCCUCCACAGUCCCUAAACUGCUUUCCAACUUCAUUCAGGAAAAGAAAACUAUCAGUAUUUUGGGCUGCAUAGCUCAGUACUUCUUCUUCUCCACUAUGGGGCUGAGUGAAUCUUGCCUCAUGACAGCCAUGGCCUAUGACAGGUACGCUGCUAUUUGUAACCCAUUGCUCUAUUCAUCCAUCAUGUCACCCACCCUCUGUGUUCAGAUGGUGAUGGGAUCCUAUGUGGCAGGACUCACAGGUUCUUUAUCUCAGACUUGUGCCUUGCUGCAGCUCCACUUCUGUGGACCUAAUGUCAUCAGGCACUUUUUCUGUGACUUUCCCCAGCUGUUAAAUCUAUCCUGCACUGACGCUUUCUUUGCCCAAGUCCUGCUUGCUAUAUUAACAAUGUUGUUUGCGGUAGUGAAUGGCUUAGCUAUUAUGACAUCCUAUGUCUAUAUUGUCUUGUCCAUCAUGAAGAUCACUUCAGCUACAGGGAGGUCCAAGGCAUUCAACACCUGUGCUUCUCAUCUGACAGCUGUUUCUCUCUUCUAUACCUCCAGUGCCUUUGUCUAUUUAAGUUCCAGCUCUGGCAGCUCCUCCAGCUUUGACAGAUUUGCAUCUGUCUUCUACACUGUGAUGAUUCCCAUGCUGAACCCCUUGAUUUAUAGUCUGAGGAACAAGGAAAUCAAAGAUGCCAUGAAGAGGUUGCUGAGGAAUGCAGGCUGCUGUUAA